CUACGGCGGCAACCAUAUAAACAACAUGAAGACGAAACGAGGCGAAGCUUUAAAUUACAGAACGAGAAUCAGAGCUUGAACUUAAGCAAGGAUAAUGCUAUCCUUGUACGUGAAUUCUCCAAUCCCAAACACUCUUAGUCCUUUCAAACUCAACUCUUCACGCCCCCAAAGACGCCUCUUCUCCUCCGUUUCUCUUCGAAGGCUUCAAGUAAAAGCGAGCUCCGCAGAAGUAGCUUUCGGAGAAGAAGAGAAAUAUUCAAAUGAGAUUCCGGAGGGACUGAGCAGAGAGGCUAUGCCAAAACAUGUGGCGGUGAUAAUGGAUGGAAAUGUACGGUGGGCUCGGCAGCGAGGGCUGCCUUCCUCGGCGGGACACCAGGCUGGUGUUGAGUCGUUGAGACAGCUAAUUGAGCUUUGUUCUAGAUGGGGGGUUAAAGUAUUAACCGUCUUCGCAUUUUCUUAUGACAAUUGGGUUCGCCCAAAGGUGGAGGUUGAUUUCUUGAUGAGUCUGUUCGAAAGAUCAAUAAAAACCGAAAUCGAUGGUUUCAUAAGGGAAGGCAUUCGAAUAUCUGUGAUAGGAGAUUCCUCCAAACUCCCCACAACUCUCCAGCAACUCAUAAGUGAUGCAGAGGAGGCCACAAAAGAGAAUUCAAACUUCCAAUUCAUUGUGGCAGUAAGCUACAGUGGGAAAUACGACAUUAUCCAAGCAUGCAAAGGGAUUGCUCAGAAAGUGAAGGACGGCAUUGUUGAACUAGACAAUAUUGAUGAAACUCUAGUCGAGCAAGAGCUGGAAACGAACUGUACCAAGCAUCCCUCCCCAGACUUGUUAAUUCGAACCAGUGGUGAACUCAGAGUCAGUAACUUCUUACUGUGGCAAUUGGCAUACACAGAAUUCUCCUUUGUUCAAACACUCUGGCCAGAUUUUGGAAAGGAUGAUUUUGUAGAUGCCUUAACUGCCUUCCAGAAAAGGAAUCGGCGCUACGGUGGAAGAGAUUCCUGAACCAGUCAGUCUCCGUUUCUUAAGAAAAAAACUACUCUAGAUAGAAUAUAACAAUGGCUGGCAGAUCAAAAUCCAAAGUGGUAGGUGGUACAUAUACAUAGUCAAAACAUGGCUUACUUCAUGGUAAUUCCAAUACCAUAUUGUCUAUAUAAAUAAAAACACUGCUUUCCUC